CUUCCUACUGGGCUCAGCACUCUAGAGAUCCUCAGUAUGGAGAGAACUGCCAUUUCCAUUUCACUGCUCACAGUCUGUUUCGUUUUGGCUGUGUGUCGCUGUUCCCUUGCAGUUCCCUUCUGCCCUGCCCAGUGUGUCUGCGAGACCCGCCCAUGGUACACGCCUCAGUCGGUCUACCAUCAAGCCAAGACUGUUGACUGCAACGAGCUCCAUUUGAGCAAAAUCCCAUGGAAUAUUUCAGUUGAUACUCAGGUGCUGCUUCUUCAGAGCAACAAUAUCUCCAGGGUAACCUCAGUACUCCAGAGCUUGGUAAACCUCACAGAACUGGAUCUCUCCCAGAACCACUUCACACAAAUCCAAGACGUUGGUUUGAGUAACCUUACCCAACUGGUCACACUUUACCUUGAGGAAAACCAAAUUAAAGAGCUACCUGAUAUGUGUUUAAAGGAUCUAGUCAACUUAGAGGAGCUUUAUAUUAAUCAUAAUCAGAUAUCUUCUAUUGGUCCAAAUGCAUUUUCAGGCUUGGGGAACCUGUUGAGGCUUCACCUUAACUCUAAUAAGCUUAUGGCAAUAGACAGCCAUUGGUUUGACUCUCUACCCAACCUUGAGAUCCUAAUGAUAGGGGAAAAUCCCAUUAUUGGACUGCAAGAUAUGAACUUCCACCCCCUCUCUAAAUUGCAUAGUUUGGUUCUCGCGGGAAUGGGGCUCAGGGAAAUACCAGAGGGUGCUUUCCAGGGAUUAGACUACCUUGAGAGUCUCUCGUUCUUCGAUAACAAGCUCACGGCUGUGCCAAAAGCCCUGGGUGUUCUACCGAGCCUCAAGUUUCUCGACCUUAACAAGAAUCCCAUUAUACGUAUACAGGAAGGUGACUUCCGAGACUUUCCCCACUUAGAGGAACUCAGUCUGAACAACAUGGAGGAACUUGUGGCAGUUGAGAGGGGUGCAUUCUCUAACUUACCACAAAUGGCCAAAUUGGAGCUCUACAACAACCCUCACCUGUUCUUCAUAGACCGAGCCGCUUUCCUGAAAAUGCGUGGCUUGCGCACCUUACUGAUCCACAAUAACAACCUCAUGCUUUUGCCCCAUGAGAUUGUAUCUGCUUUCCCCAGUCUGGAUGAAAUCAGUCUUUAUGGCAACCCACUCAGGUGCGAUUGUCUCGCCAACUGGGGGCCCAUCCUGGGCAACCAAUCAAGCCUCAAAGUUCUGGAGCCCCAAAUAACUCUUUGUGGCUCCCCACCACAUCUUGUUGGCCAGUCCCUUCAGGAAGUGGUGUCUGCAAGUUGGAAUGGGGCAAGCAACACCUGCCUGCCUCUAAUUUCUCAGCAUGCCUUCCCUCCACAGCUCAACGUCACCAUAGGACAGCUUCUAACACUCAACUGCUGGGCCGUGGCAGAUCCAGCACCUCAGUUUUACUGGGUGACACCCACCGGUGACAAAGUCACUUCUGAAGCUGUUUCACCAUCCUCGAAUGAGGGAGGAGGAAUGCCAAAGAAGCAUCGGAUGCAAGACCAAGGUGCUCUAGAGAUCCCACAUGUCGAACCCGAGGAUGCUGGUCUCUACACUUGUGUUGCUUGGAAUGCAGAGGGAGCCGACACCCGGAGCAUCUCUGUGUACAUGGAUAGGAGCAACUGGCAUGGUGGGCGCCCUUUUGGAGGUCAUCAAGUGGUGGUGAACACCACUGGAUCCUUAGUAAUCCUGGCAAAAAUCGUCCAUGCCCAGUCUGUGGUGCUCGAAUGGAAGGUGCACCCAUCUGCUGCAUCUUCCAACCAUGAAGUGUCACAACCCAAGUGGCUCAGCGCCACAGUAAAAAUUGACAACCCACAGAUCAGCUACACAGCGAUGGUCCCUGUAGAUGUCCAAGAGUACAACCUCACUCACCUCUUACCUUCCACAGAAUACCAAGUUUGCCUGACCAUGGCUGGCACCGAGCAGACCCAGCACUCUUGUAUCAACGUGACCACCAAAGACGCCAGCUUUGCCGUGGAGAUGGUUGCCCAGCCGACCAACGUAGCCCUUGCGGCAGUCAUGGGCUCAAUGUUCGCCAUCUGCAUCAUGGCUCUGUUGGUGUUCUACAUGGGAUGGCGCAUGAAGCAGAAAUCUUGUCACCACUCUCUUAAGAAAUACAUGCAGCACACCACUUCCAUUCCUCUGAACGAACUCUACCCACCACUUAUUAACCUCUGGGAGAAUGAGACGGAAAAAGAGAAAGAGGGCACCGCUGACCCUCAGAACUCACAGAUAGACACUUCAAAAACAUACAUGUGGUAGCUGCACAACAGAAAGUAGAUAGAAGAGACAUUUUAAACAGUAUAUGUACACUGUUGUACAUAAAUGACAAGUAUGUAUUAUUGAUUUGUUAUUGUGAAAGAUAUAUGUAUUUUUAGAUUGUACCCUUCAAUGCCAAGCACACUUGUUUGCUAUUUUUUUUUUUUUGUUAGACAUCCAACAGACGUGGGCAGCAAAACACAUUCUAUGGUUUUGCAUUGCAUUGUAUUUUAACAUUAAGCAUGCCAAUGUGUUAAUAAUUCAUAUAAUUUAUUCAUUCUAUAUCCGCACUAAGCAAGCUAAUACAAUAACACCGAUCAACACUUUUUCUGUUGCCUCCCACAUAUCAAAUGAAGUCACAUGACAUCAGAUUCUGGAGUUUUUGCAUGGAAUUUUUGCAUGAUAUUUUGGUGCUAACAGGGAGUUUUUUCCUAGUUUUCUCACUUCUAAAAAAUACACAGGCGUGAGAUGGUGACACACUCGUUGCUCUCAUUUAUCUUCAGCUCGUCACAUUUUAUCACCUGCAUUGUAAUGAAAAUAAAACCUAAACCAAACCUGCCAGGUGCUGGCUGUUUCUGCAAACUAAUUAGCUGUAAUAUGCAAUUAAUAUCUGGAACACAACUGCGCAGCUGUGCUUAUUUAUUCUUGCAUUGUUAAAUAACUAUUUACGGUGGAGGGUGUGAAAAUGGCUGUGUUUAUUAGCACUGUUUGAAAAUGUAUUUCAUAUUUGAUUGAAAAAAAGUCAUUAGACUAUAACGAUCAUGUGGUUCAAAUGCCUGACAUUUACUUGCACACAUUCACCAAUUGCUAACAAUGAUGGGGCCAUUCUAUGCUUUGUACCUCAUCAUGUGCUUGGCGUUUUGAUUACCGAGAGAUUGCUUCAGUUCUCAGUUAAACAUGUUGCCAAACUCAAUAUUCACACAAUUCAGUCUUAGUGUGGUAAAUUAGGUAACAAGUGUGUGUGGAGAAUGAGAUCUGAAUUGAAUGAGAAUUAAAAAAGAAUCAAUGUUUUCUCCUCACAUAGAUGAAUUAACCUUUAAAAUACACAUGCCACCCUGAAAACAAUAUUUGAUUUAUUUUUUAAGGUUCUGACAUGUUUAAACCUGUUUAGAUUUGUGCAUAAUCCUGCAUCAUAUUGAUUAAUACAGAAGUUAUGCAAGACACAUGCUCAUGUAUUGUUGUUCUGUUGUGUAUCAGCAAAUGACAUCUCUCCAGAUACUGAAGAAAUAUAAUCAAAUUAAAUUUGGAUCAAAAAUUAUUCUUUAAGGGUUUACCUUUACAGGUGCACUCAUUAAUUUUCCCUCUUUAAAAACACUGCAACCCUAAAGAAAUGAUUAUUAUUUUUGAAAAACAUUAACAUUAAAUAAAGAUUCCAGUUAUAUUGGUAGCUUAAUAAAAACUAUUUCAUUUUUAAAUGGACAUCACAUGACCAGAUGUAAUCACCAGAUAUAAUACUAAUUACUUUAUUGUGAAAAUGUACCUGUUUUCUUAUACUGUCGCUCACAGGAUUCAUUUAUUGUUGAUGACUGUGACUAGUGCAUUUGUCAAAAUCUGAAAACUUUAGAUUUAGCAUGAUUCUGCAUUCACCUGUCAGGCUGUCAGUGCAACAUAAACAAAUGAAAAAAAAAAAAAAAAAAUAUAUAUAUA